AUGGGCAUAAAAACAUCAGAUAUUAACCAAUCAGCUGAAUUCUUUAUGUUAAGUGGUGUGAAUUGCACAAACGAAAGUGUAGUGUCUGAGAUUCGAUAUGAUCCAUUGUAUCCUUACGCUCUUAAUAGCAAUGAGCGCUGGUUAAUGUUCAAAUGCCUCAUCGGAACUCUCAUCAUAGUGUGUAACUUGACUGUGGUAAUUUCUAGUGGCCUGAUUAUAAAAAAAGGGCAACAACCGAAAAGUACCUACCUGCUGCUAGGUAAUGUCUCCCUGGCUGAUACUAUGAUCGGAAUAUUCAUGAUAUUCGUUGGAAUACUAGGUACUUCUAUGCGAUCUGAUCAACUGUGUAUAUUCAGGCUGGGUAUGAUUAUCUGCUCUGCGAAGGUGUCCAUAUUCAGUGUUUGUCUGCUUGCAAUAGAUAGAUACAUUUAUAUUCUACACGGUUUGUACUACCAGAAGUGGUUCAACACCACCAGAGUGAGAAUUGGCAUUAUCUGCAUAUGGAUUAUCGGUAAAUUUUGACAUAUAUAUACUAUCAGUAAUAUUUUUA